UCGGCCUCUCCCCAGCAAGUUCUCACCGGCUCUGGUUCAGAUUCAGAAAGGGAGCCAGGAGCGAAGCUCACCAGACCCCGGCGGGUAGGACUCCGGGGCUGCGGAGCGCUCCCGCGUGUCCGACUCUUGGAGUCACCGCAACUAGAGAAGCGUCAGGAGUCUAGUUCGCCAGGGGUGCCAGUGGGUUCCAGAGUCUCUGCUCACUCAAGUCCAGCGCAGCGACCCUCACAGACGCGCUCUGCCCGGGGACCGCGGCGGAACAAGAUACUUGAAAUCAUUGCGGUUCCCAGCGACAGAAAUGGGCAGCAAAACCUUGCCAGCACCGGUGCCCAUUCACCCGUCCCUGCAGCUUACCAAUUACUCUUUCCUCCAAGCAGUGAAUGGCCUGCCCGCAGUGCCCUCGGACCACCUGCCCAACCUGUAUGGUUUCAGCGCUCUUCAUGCGGUGCAUCUGCACCAAUGGACGCUGGGCUACCCAGCCAUGCACUUGCCUCGAUCCUCUUUUUCUAAAGUGCCAGGUGCGGUGUCCAGCCUGAUGGACGCUCGUUUCCAGCUGCCAGCCUUCCCCUGGUUUCCCCACGUCAUUCACCCUAAGCCAGAGAUCACCGCGGGAGGCAGCGGCUCAGCGCUUAAGACCAAGCCGCGCUUUGAUUUCGCUAACCUGGCCUUGGCUGCCACACAAGAGGAUCCCACCAAGCUUGGCCGAGGGGAGGGCCCUGGCUCCCCUGCUGGUGGGCUGGGCGCCCUCCUGGACGUGACCAAGCUAUCCCCAGAAAAGAAGCCAACAAGGGGACGCCUGCCUUCCAAGACCAAGAAGGAAUUCGUCUGCAAGUUCUGUGGCCGCCACUUCACUAAGUCCUAUAACCUACUUAUCCACGAGCGGACGCACACUGAUGAGCGGCCUUACACCUGUGACAUCUGCCACAAAGCUUUCCGGAGGCAAGACCACCUACGGGACCACAGAUAUAUUCACUCCAAAGAGAAGCCUUUCAAGUGUCAAGAGUGUGGGAAAGGAUUCUGCCAGUCCCGGACUCUCGCUGUCCACAAGACGCUACACUCACAAGUGAAGGAGCUCAAAACCUCCAAGAUCAAAUGCUAAAUAAACAGAGCCUGCGGGGCACCAGGAACCUGGGGCGUGCUGCCGCCUUCUCUACCAGAGGGACCCAAGCUGAAGGCAACUCUGCGGGCAGCGGGAGGGGCUUUCGGGAUCUUCCUUCCACAGCAACAAAGUCCCUUGGGUCCCUAGCGCUUGUGGCCCUCCUGAGCCUUGGCCCGGGCCGUGACUCCUACAGCCUGGGCGGCUGCCCUAGGACGCGGCUAAAACUCUUGGCCAAAAGGCGGUACUCAACUCACAUGGCGGAAGGAAAACUGCAUU